UGCGUUGGCUGGCUUUUUGGCUCCCAAUCCCGACGACCAGCGCGACCAGAAACCGGCUGUUUUAAUCGAAAAUAUCAGGUCCCUCCCCAGGUAGAGCAGAGGCAGCUCGCCCUGGUAUCAAACAACCAUGGGCCACCUCACAAGCGACGAGUUCUUCGUCAAGCUCGCCGAGCUCUUCGAGUCGCGCAAGGGGCAAGACCACGGCGCCGUCUACCUGACACAGAAGCGAUUGACGUACGGCCAGCAGCAAGAAACCGAUGGCGCAGCGCCGCUCGCGGACCUGAGCCCGGCCGGGCCGCUGCCGGUGCUGAUCCGGGCCACGGACGGCAAGACGGGCGACAAGGGCUCCAAGCGGGCGCAGCGCCUCAAGCUCUCGACCAUCGUCGAACCGGACGCGCUCGACGCAUUCUAUGCGCGCUACGCCGAGGUGUGCAAGGCGGGAAUGGCGGCGCUCAAGCCCAGGGACAAGAGCAAGAAGAAGGCAAAGGCCAAGAAGAGGAAGGGCGCCGCCGCGACUGGCAAGGCGGCGUAGGUGUUCUUUUGUCAAGAAAAAAGGGGGGCCGCGAUAAUACCCUUGGUCACAAUGGCAUGUUUAAUGACAUCCUGUUUUCCGCGCCCCUUGCUUUUGCGAUUGAAGCUAUUCACAGGAGACAAAAACGCCCCCUUUUAUCAUCCCAUGUACCCAUGCCCGCCCAAGAAACCAUGCAGCACCCCCAACCUCCCCCCCCCCCAAAAAAGC